AUGAGAGAUGAUCCAUUGUGCAAGAACAAACCAAAUUCACCACUGCUCGAGGCUUGCAAUCUUCUACGGACAGUGCAAAUGGACACAAUUAUGUCAUUCAAUCAUAUUCAUAGACCAGCGAAUGACUCCCUAUUCCCCACAUUCCUUAAGACUAUGAGUCCCGGUAACAUGAGAAGUCCUAUUCUUCGCGAUAACAAGAAAGACACUAGAAAUGUAGGAGCACCCCCAGUUCACCAUCGAGCAACAGCAGGGGAAGAAAUAUAUACAUAUAUUUCUCUCCGUGAAGAAGUGAAACUGAACGAGAGUAAAGAUGCUUGGAAACCAACUCGACUAAAGAAAGAGAGUUUGAAUGAACAGGAGUUGAAAACUCAGGAGCUGUACAAGAAGUUCCGUGGUAUACUCAACAAAUUGACGCCGCAGAAGUUUGAUACUUUGGUCGACAAAGUGAAGUCACUCGAAAUUGACACACAAGAGCGUCUCGAAGGCGUAAUAGAUCUCGUUUUCGAGAAGGCUAUCGAUGAGCCGAACUUUUCCGAAGCAUAUGCUGCUAUGUGUAACAAGCUUUCGACAUUAAAGGUACCGUCAACAAAUUCACCCGAACAAUGUGUGAACUUCCGUGCGAUGAUAAUUAGCAAAUGUCAAAAUCAAUUUAUUAAAGAGAAGACGGACGAACACGUUCUCAAACUUGAGGCAGAGAUAGCAGAGUCCAAUGACGCCACUAAGAAAAGGGAGCUACAUUUACAACUCGCAGAAGUUCAACGCCGAAUUCGCAUGCGGUCAGUUGGAAAUGUCAGGUUUAUAGGUGAAUUAUACAAGCUAAAAAUAUUGAUAUCGAAAAUUAUGGUAUAUUGUAUGAAUUACCUGAUUGAUAAGCCGGAAGAGGAAAAACUCGAAUGUCUCUGUAAGCUUCUGACCACUAUCGGGGAGCAAGUGGAGGGUGAGGUGAAGGAUCAGCUCGACACCAUAAUGGACAAAAUGCAAGACAUUGUUAAUGAUCGCAAGAGUAAUAAGAUUAGCAGUCGUGUGCGUUUUAUGAUACAGGAUGUAAUUGAACUAAGAAGACGAAAAUGGGUAGCCAAGAAUGUUAUUGAUUCGCAACCCAAGAUGAUGGACCAGAUUCAGAAGGAGGCUGAACAACAACAGAGACAUAUUGAGUUGAUGAAUUCGCCCAUCGGUGGUGGAUUCCGACGUGAUGACAGCGGUAGUGGAAGAAAACGUGGGGGCGAAGGCCGAAGGCAGGGCAAUAACUUUAUGGAUAAUACGUGGAAGACUACAGCGACAAGAACCAGCUAUGUUGUUGACACAACCAAAUUGAAGGCCAUGCCGCCGCAAAAGAACUUAAGUACAAUUAAAUUGGCUCCUCACAACAUUGCAUGGAACCAAGGAUCGGGAGCAAAGACUCAAACGGUUGCACCUGUCAAGAAUAUGUACAGUAUUCUAGAGAAUGUACAGGUCGACCCGACUACACUAAGAGGUAACAAGGAACUUUCACCUGCUGCUUAUCAACAAUCAAAGUCAAUAGAUAGAUCCACUUUCAAUUCUCGCUCUGAUUUCGCAACCGGCGGUCGCUCCGGUUCCACUGGAGGGGUUAGGCCUACGUCUACACCCUCGCCCUCACUGCAGUCUGAAGCACCACCGAUGCCCGCCCAACCUUUGCCCCCGCCUGCCGUUCAAGAACCUCUUCCAGAGGACCGAAGAAAAUUCAUCAAGCAGUUGGUCGACCUGUGUAUCAUGAACCUUGACAAUAAUGAACUAGCUGAAGAGAUCAAGCUCUUCGCUCCACAAUACCACGCGACAGUGAUAACAGAAAUACUUAAUGUUGCGCUUGAGAAGAACGCUAAAGAUAUUUCAAUUCUGGCAAAAUCAGUGACGCAUGUAGUCAGUUGUGGGGCAAUUUCCAGAGAUAAUUUAAUGAGUGGAAUGGCAGAAAUAUUUGAAUGUGGUCCAGAUCUAUACAUAGACAUACCGAUGCUGUACUCGUACUUAGGAAAAUUUAUUGCUCCCCUUAUAGAAAAGAAACAUGUUACGUUUGUCCAGGUUCACAAGGUUUCGAGCGGCCUGAUUUCAGUGAACCAUGGACACUCGUUUCUAAAAUGUGUUUUAGCUGAACUUAAGGAAAGUAUGGGCAAAACAUUCACUAGGAACAAGUGGCUGGAAUCAGGCUUACAAUUGCAACAAUGGAUGAAUUCUGACAUGAUACCGAAGUGGAUGUCGGACAACCACUUUGAGUUUCUCGAGAGCUCUGACGAUUCAGAGAUAUUUAAUGAAGACACAAAACGGAUCAUGACUCCUUGUGAGAUGCAGAGCAAGUUGCUUCAACUAAUGAAUAGCGAUGAAAGCUGUGAUUGCCUUAGAGGAUGGGUUAAGGACAACAUUGGCGCCUCUACCGGUGAAGAGUGGUUCUUACGUUGUCUGACGCAAGCGAUAUGCGAACACGCCCUCUUCGGCCCCGAACCGACUCCGACGCCGCAUUUGAGUCACGAUCGCAUGAAUAAGUAUUCGCCCUUAAUCGGUGAUUAUGGAGACUCGCAGGCACAACGAGAAGCGGCUUGCCUCUUCGGUAUUCAGCAGCUCAUUCAUCGGCUGGAACACCCUCAAGGUUUAACAUUAGAUAUUUUCCAAUAUCUGCAUGAGCAAUACGUAAUAUCUGUGGAUGGAUUUAUUGCAUGGGAGACUUCAGAGAUGGAGCCGGAGGGAAAAGCGGUUAUGCUUAAAGCUUUGACAUCUUUCUUCACGAGCAUAAGAGAGGCGGAUAACGAAGACUCGUCUUCUGAAGCCUGA